ACUCAGCCGAAAGAAAGUAGCUAGCGAGCCAGCUAGCGAGCUGCGUUGUUUUCAAGAAUGGCAUCCUCAAAGAAGGGGAAGAAAAUCGUGAAUCAAGAGGAACUGCGUCGUCUGAUGAGGGCAAAACAAAGACAAACAACAGACAAGAAGCGCGUCGAGUCUCCGUUCGCCAAGUACAACAGUCUCGGGCACCUCAGUUGUAUCCUGUGCAAUGUGCAAGUAAAGUCCGAUCUACUCUGGCCGGCGCAUGUUCUCGGAAAACCGCAUAAAGAGAAAGUUCUCGAGCUGAAGGAAGGAAAGAGUCUCCCAGUGACACCACAGCCUCAACCGGCGAAGAGGAAAGCGCAGGAAAACGAGGACGCCGGCGGGAAACGGGUGAAACCCUCGUCGGGUGCGUCUGCGCCCUCGGGGCUGCCAGGGGAUUUCUUCGAGAACCCCGGCAAGAAGGGAACCGCUUCCGAUGAGAAAUCCGCUGGCCUGAGUCUGCUGGCCGGAGUUUAUGGCGACGAUGACGAAGAUGAUGCCGGCGAGGCAGGUCCCGCGGGAACCACAGACCCCCCUCCUCAAAAAACGGAAUCUGCGGGACUACCCGACGACUUCUUUGACAGCUCCAUCCCGUCCGCGCCCGCCAUCUCCCACUCGGGCUCCGUCCUGAAAGCGGACGUGCAGGAGAAGAGCGCGGAGAAGAAGGACAACACCGCCGAGGCGCUGCCGGAGGGCUUCUUCGACGACCCCGUGAGGGACGCCAAGGUGCGCAAGGUCGACGCGCCCAAAGACCAGAUGGACAAGGAGUGGGAGGAGUUUCAGAAGGAGAUCCGACAGGUGAACACCAAAUCGGAAGCCAUCGUGGCGGAGGACGACGAGGAGGGCCGCUUCGAUCGGCAGAUCGACGAAAUCGAUGAGCAGAUCGAGUGCUACAGGCGCGUGGAGGUGCUGAGGGACAAGCGCGAUGUGGCGAAGAGCAAGGUGGUGCCCAGUGAGGAGGAACCCAUGGAGGUAGAUGGCAGCGGCGAUGAUGAAGAUGAGGAGGAGGAGGAGGAUGAAGAGGUGCUGCUGGGGCUGCUGGCCCAGGACUGGAGGGCUAAAGGGGCACUGGCCUAAACCUCUCUAAAGCUCAUUUAUUCGCCCGCGUGUGUGUGUUUGUCUCUUUGUAAAUAUUUCUGUAAAAGCUUCCUCUCCACACACACUUUGGUGUAUUUCAGACUGGAUUAAAUGUGAUGUGAAGCGUUAUUGUAAACCAGUGUUGGGACAAGAUUUCUCAGUUGAUGACUUAAAGUUGGACGACAAAUCAAA